AUGGCUGCUCAAGCUCAACGUCAGAGUCGCGACCGCGAUGUGUGCUGUGCUAUUUUCGCAGGACCUUUGCGAUCAAUCGAACGAUGGGUAGAUAUUGGUCUCUUGCGCCAACGUAAUACGAUGCCCUUCGACAAUUCCCAGGACCGCUCGCAACAUAAGUGGAAAUCUGCAUUCGAGGAAACAUGCACUAUCUACGAUCCGUCGCUUGUCUCUGAAUCAUCGGCCCAGUGGACUUCUGAACUGCAUGUCAUUUCCAUCGGUCUUACAAUCACUGAGUGAGUACAAUUCUGAUCAAUAUACCCAAGGCACAGAUUAUGGUCAACAGUGCGUACCUAAAUUAUUAGGGGAUAUUUGAGUGGUACUGGCUUCAUUAAACCUAACGGCAACGCCUGCUUUCACCGGAACCUCAAAGAUCCUCCCUCAGCCCCAAUGCUCGAAGCGCCUUGCUAUGUCGAUCCAAGAGCCUUACGUAACUCCCUGCCAGUAUUUCCUGUACACAUGUGUUGUCUGGAAAUCUUCAUGUUGGUCAUAGAUGAAUUGGCUGGUCUGGAUAGCCUGAAUUGGCUCUCACUCUAUGGUGCGAUGAAGCAUCUAGUCGAACCUGUUGAACGCGUCCGUCUCACCAUAAAUUACGGCAACCCACCUCGCCCAAACAGUAGCAAAUAGCAGUCGAAAUUUGGGAAGAAUACUUCGUGGCAUUCCCAUUUUCGAUUAGUCCCAACAAAGAUCUUUUCUGCGCAUUACUCGGUCCUCAAUUUGGCUUCCCAGCAAUCACUCAUGAUUUCAGACCUCACAUUCGGUUCGACCCAUUUGGCACUCUUUCAUUGGAACUCGCGUGCAAGAUAGCAUACUAACUCCCUACUGAAUCACUGUUCAACUUGCUGAAGGCGUCUGGUGCAGCUCACAUGCUUCUCAGCAAGGAUUAUGUCUUCUGGGGAAAUAUUAUCCAGCGGGAGAUGCCAUGGUUCUACGAGUUGCACGGAUUCAUACAGGAGGGUCUUACCAAAGGACGAGAUGUGAAGGGCAUGUUGCGCUGGGCUGAUAGGGUAACCACACCAAAGUUCGAGUUGAAGCACUGGAUGUUGGGCCUUGCCAAUCGGAGACGCAUCUGGGCUGCCUGUGAGGAUUUGGCUACGCAUUAUAUUUCUCGUCUUCCGCCCUCCGGUGUUUAG